CUGGUAGAAAUUGACCAUGAAGAUAGCAGGCUGUCGUUUAAAGUCCAUGGAUUUGUGACAAACGCCAAUUAUUCCAUGAAGAAGUGUACAAUGCUUCUGUUCAUCAACCAUCGGUUGGUGGAUUCCAGCACCCUGCGGAAGUCGCUGGACACUGUUUACCAGGCUUAUCUGCCAAAGAACUCUCAUCCAUUUAUGUACCUCAGUUUGGAGAUUGCCCCUCAGAAUGUGGAUGUGAAUGUUCAUCCAACCAAACAUGAGGUUCACUUCUUACACGAGGAUGCCAUCAUAGAAAGUAUACAGAAAGCUGUGGAGGCCAAACUACUGGGGUCUAACUCGUCCCGAACCUACUUCACACAGGCCCUACUUCCAAAUGCUUCCAUCGCAGCAGAUGACAAAGCAUCAUCAUCAUCAGGGUCCGGUGACAAAACCUACGCACAUCACAUGGUGAGGACGGACAGUAAGGAACAAAAACUGGAUGCCUUCCUCAGAGGUCCAGCCAAUCAAAGUUCCAGUAACCAAGGAAACGGGGGUCACAGUGAAGAUAGCUCAGCGAUGGAGGUCGAUGACGGCCCUGGACAAGUCAGCAGUUCAAAAACAGACAACGCGCUAAGACUACAGACAAAACGUCGCCAAAUCAAGCUCUCCAGCGUACUGUCCUUACAGCAGGCCAUCAGAGACGACACGCAUAAAGGUUUAAGUGAAAUGUUCAAGAAUCACAAGUUUGUUGGCUGUGUCAACGAGAAGUUCGCUCUGAUGCAGCACCAGACAAAGCUAUAUCUAGUAAACACCACGAAUCUCAGCAAAGAACUCUUCUACCAAAUAAUGCUAUUGGACUUUGGAAACUUUGGAAAUCUCAGACUUUCGGAGCCAGCUCCCCUGUAUGAGCUAGCAAUGCUUGCCCUUGACCUUGAGGAGAGUGGCUGGGUUGAGGCUGAUGGACCCAAAGAAGAUCUAGCUAACUACAUCGUGGAAUUUCUCUCCAGCAAGAGAGAGAUGUUACAGGAUUAUUUCUCUGUGGAGAUAGACGAGACAGGUAACCUGUGUACAGUGCCCAUGUUACUGGAGAACUUUGUACCUGAUAUGGAAGGAUUACCCAUGUACAUACUUCGCUUGGCAACAGAGGUGGACUGGGAUGUAGAGAAGGCGUGCUUUGGUAAUAUAGCCAGCGAAACCAGCUAUUUCUACUCUAUCAAGAAAAGUAUGUUCCUUCCUGCUGAAGACACAGAGGAGGAGAAAUGGAAGUUUACGACAGAACACGUAGUAUUCCCUGCCUUAAGGUCACUGUUAUACCCACCAGCCUCCUUGUCACAGGAUUCUAGUAUCCUACAGAUAGCAAACCUGCCAGACCUCUACAAAGUCUUCGAGAGAUGUUAAUUGAUUGAUUUUUGGUUCUUCAGAUUUGAAGGGCUGUUCAAUAAAAAAAAUAUGUUCCA